AUGGAUCUUCAAACAUUCCCCCAAUUCGCCAAUCUCCCCCCAGAGCUCGUCCUCAACAUGUCUGACUUCCUCGACAUCGCAACUCUAGCUCACCUCUCCCAGUCCUCAAAACAGGUCCACACCCUCCUCCACACCACCCUACAGCAAGCAGCACGAGAAGUCGCCCUCCCAUCAGAAGAAGAAUACCAAAGCCGCAUCUACACCGACAUCUCCGGCUUGUUCCAAGUAUCCGAGGCAAACGGAACGCUCGACCGGCCGCGUGAACGUCUCGCCCAAGUCGUCGUGAUGGGCCAGUACGAGGCCGUCAAGUUCCUGCUCGACGCAGGCGUGGAUCCAAACGCACACACCAUCUUCGGCUUCCGCAUGCUAUGUCUGGCUGUCGGUGAUGAGGCGCCCGAGAACGGGUUUCCGAUCGUCGAUCUGCUGCUGGAGUACGGUGCCGAUCCGUCACUGCCGAAUGUGCAAAACAGUGAGUGGACGCCUCUCGGCGCAGCAGCGUACAUGGGGUAUGAUUUUCUAGUGCAGAAGCUUCUCCGUGCAGGCGCGGAUGUCAACGCCCCAGGUGUCAUCCAUACAAUCGUCAAGUUCUGUCGGAUGGAAACGAUCCAGAUGGCCGUGUCCCUCGGCGCAGAUCUGCGGCAACCUCUGCCUGCAACCGGUGAAACGGUCCUUCGAUGGGCCAUGGACAGUGAUUACCCCGAAAUCCUCCCUCUCAUGCUGAAAGAGCUCCCAGAUCUCAUCUCGACGCAAAACGUCCUCGGACAGUCGCUGCUCUGGCCAGCCCUGAACCUCGAAGACAUGGAUAUCAUCACGAUGCUCGUCGACGCAGGGAUCGAUCUCAAUAUCCAAGACGACGAAGGCGACACCGCCCUCCACUACGCGAUCAGCUUGUACCUGCCCCAGCCCGCCCUCCUCUUCAUCGAACGAGGCAUCAACGUCGGCGUCCGCGCACACAGGGGCCUAACCGAAUUACACCACGCGGCGAACACGGGAUUGAUCGAAGUUGUAAGUCCACUUCUUGCGCGGGGAAACGUUGAUAUCAAUGCCCAGACUAACUGGUUAGAAACGCCGUUGCACCUCGCUGUCGAAAAGGGGUACUCGCAUAUCGUGCGCAAGCUGAUUGCUUGUGGUGCGGAUUUAUCGAUUACAGAUACCGACCAGCGAACGCCUAUGGAUUUGGCUGUGUUUUUGGGGAGGCGGGAGCUGUGGCUCUUGUUGUAUUAUCAUAUGCCAAGCUGA